GGUGUUGUCAGCACAUCACAGCGCAUCACUGGAUCUUCUGAACAAGGAAGGACUGCAGCCAGAAUUGCUAGUUCGGUGCUCGCUUUGCUUGCGACACAACAACCGCAGCUGCACACACCAUGCCGUGUUGCCCUGGACGCAAGACAAAGCGUCAGUCCGUGCGCAUGCAGCGACAGGAGAUGACCGAGCGUGCACUUCAGCAGGAGCGAGAGGAGCAGUCCAACCUGGACCUUGAGGAAGACACUGCCGGCGUGCAGCUCAGUGAAGUGGGCUCUGCAGCCGCUGGCCACCAAGAUGUGCAAGCCUCAGCAGAGUACAUCAAGACCAUCGCCCGCGUGUUCGAGCUGGCCAAGGAACAGGAAGCACCCAUGGCAACCGCACAGGCUUACAUGAUGAAUGCGAUUGAGCGCGCCUCUGCGAUGCUCAGCACGUGCGAAGACAAGCUCAAGGCCUGCGACAGCCAGCUCGGCGAAUGGGCUGGCUCUGUUGCGAGCGCCACUGAGGGUGAGAACACCGACAACGCGGCCACCAUCGAGAAGAUGAAGAAUGAGCUGCUCAUCACGUCGCAGCUUCGCUCCGCCUUUGUUCUCGCUUGGACGCAGGCCAACGAAGACCUCAAGUCCGCGUCAUCCUGGUGCACCAAGGCAGCGGAGGCGUGCACGAGUUUCAUUGAGCCAGCGCGCCAGCUGGAGGAGGACGGACGUUCCCCCUCAGACAUGAUCAGCGUCUGGUUCACAGAAUACGUCGCAGCCAUGAACAAACUGCACGAGCUGUACAAUGACCUGGGCGCCAUGUGUACGUCCUGCCUCCACUACAUCGACGACCCAAAGUUCAGUGAGGACUUUAUCACCGAUCUCCACGAGCAGAUCCUCGCCCUCCCGACAGAGGGUUCGCAGGCAGAAGGGCUCGGCGCGUUGGACGAGCGCCUGACGCGUGCGGGCGAGACUGCCGCCCAGCUGCGUGAGCUGGUGGCGGCGCAGGUGGAGAGCAUCAGCGCAGCGCCCCGCUCCCACUUUGAAACGCUCGAAGUCGUCAACGGCGAGCGCCUGUCGCUUGACAAGGAGUACUUUUCUGUGCUGCUGACGCCGGCGCACUCGAUCGACGUCACCCUCCUCGAGGACCUCCAGGCAUACGAGCUUGCUGGGUACGGCAGUGCCCUUGCCUGUGCUGCUGCAACGGACUGCGUGGGUGUGGCCAACACGAUGCUGGAGCGCGCCAAGCAGCACGUGACCGCCGUCGUGGACGCGUGCGGAUCGUUCUCGCUCGCCGAUGAACACCGCACCAACACGCAGGAGCUUGCAGACAAAGUCACGGCACCGUCCACGGUGGCGCCGGAGUGUCUGUCCACCAUCUCUGAACAGCAAGCGGCGGUCGUGUCCACCAUGCAAUCUGUCAAGGCGGACAUUCUCGCCGCCUCCAGCUCGGACACGCGCGCAGAGGACCUCAAGGCCGCUCAACAGGCGCUUGUGCCCGCGUGCGAAGAGGUGUUCAGCUGCAUCGACCGGUUUCUGAAGGACGAGGACAAGACGAGCAAGUCGGUUAUCGCCGCCAUCGCUGCCAUCGAUGACGCCCUCGCUCCCCUCACCACCCAACCCGUCACCGCUCUCGGUUUGACCGCUGGUGGUGACGACGAAAAGAAGCAGGGCACCGAUGCCAUUGCAUUCAUCACCGAGCUUGUGUCUGCGCGCCACUGCAUGCGGGCGGUUGCGAAUGAGCUGCGGCCGGAGUCUGACGCGCCGACGGAACUCAACGAUAAGAUGGAGGAGAUGUUCGAUGUUGCCUUCUUCCUCGUCGACACGGCCCUCGCUUACAGCGCAAAGGACCCGCGCACUAUCAAGCUCGUCGCCGGCUACAACAAGACCCUCGGCCUCAAGCUGCAGACGAGCCACGGCACGCGCGGUAUUCGCGUCGUUGGCACCGCCCUCAACUCACAGGCGCGGCGCACAUGCAACGUGUACCCUGGCGACGCCGUGUGCAAAGUCAACGGUGUGGACGUGACGCAAGAGAUGCACAACGAGGUGGUUCACCGCAUCGCCGAGCACCAGGGGCCCAUCGAGUUUGAGCUUGCGCGGGACUUUCCGCCUGCGCGGCGGUACUUGACGCUGACCCGCUCCUCGGAGCUGGGCCUCGGGUUCCAACUCGUCUUGGAUGGUGGACGGCCAAAGAUCAAGGAGGUUGUUCCCAACUCGCCCGCCUUUGAGACCCAGCAGAUGAAACCGGGCCAGUUCUUGCUCGAGGUUGAUGGUGAGACGACGGAGGGCAUGAGCCUGCAGGAGGUGUCCAACAUGCUGCGCACACGCACAGAGGUCAACAUCUGUGUUGGGCCCUACCCGUCCGACACCACAGCUGCCGCUGGGAGCAAGGAAUCCAACGUUGAGCGCGCGGUUGAGCAAGGGGACGAGUUUGACACGGCAGCGGCUGUGCUGCAGUCGAUCAGCGUGCCCCCGCCAGAAUCAGAAUCGCCCCCGGACUGCCGCACCGUCACGUUCAAGCGCAGCGAGGGCGUGCUCGGCAUGCGCCUGAAGAGUCUUCAGAACAGGCCGGGCGUGUACAUUGUCGGCUUUGUUGCAGACAGCCUCGCAGACAAGUGCCCCGAACUGCACGAAAACGACUACAUUGUUGCGGUUGGCGGGCAGAAUGUGGUUCAGGCGUCGCACGAGACGGUGGUGAACUUGAUCAAGAACUACAAAGAGGACGAGAUCAGCAUCACGGUGAGCUCGUACGACCCGCUGGAGUGGGCGAACAAACGCAGGAGCACAGCAGGGGCAACUGAGGACGCCGUCCAGGCUGCAGCGACAGAGACGGCAACAACCGUGCUGGAACAGGCAGCAGGCGCUGCCAACACACCACCACCACAACAGCAGCAGCAGCAGUCUGGGGAGCAAAGUGGCGAACAGGAUCUCCCGCGCCGCACAGUGACACUCAAGCGCACGGGGAAGGACACGCUUGGGCUGAUGCUGACGGUGCAGCAGCCGAGUGGUUGCGUCGCCAUCCUUGGCGCCGUGUCGGGCUCGCCUGCAGACGCUGCUGGGGUGAUGCCUGGCGAGGUGCUGUACAGUGUCAACGGCCAGCAGCUGCAGGGCAUGCAGCAUUCGGACGUGAUUGACACGCUGCGCCAGACGGAAGGUGACGUUGUCAUUGAACUCCAGGACCCGCCAGUGCCGCCUGUGGACUAUGUGCGGACAGUGAAACUGCACCGGGGGCGCGGCGAAUCCCUUGGCCUCCGCCUCCAAUCCCGCGGCCCGCGUGGCAACACUUUUAUUGUGGACAUGCUUGAGAGCGGCGCCGCCUCCCGUGUCAAGACACUCUUUCUAAACGACCAGAUUAUCAGCGUCAACGGCGCUUCGAUUGAGGACAUGGAGCACGACCAAGUGGUGCAGCUGCUGGUGAACGCCGGACAAGAGAUUGUCCUCGAGGUGAAGCAGGCAUCGCCGCAGCAGCGCGCAGAGCGCGUGCCUGUGAAUGCCGCUGCCGCGACGGGCGAGCGGACCACACUUCCACCGGACGAGGGCGUUGAAGAUGACGCAACACGCGGCCCAGGCUCCUCUGUCACCGUUCUCGAUGUCACUGAUGAGGACCGCGCUGCCUUCCCCAACGCCGUUGAUAUGCGCAAGGUGACACUGCACCGCAGCAGCGCAACGCAGCACUUUGGCCUCCAGUUCUCCCUCAAGAACUAUGUCGCCAAGAUCCAGACGAUUGUGCCGAACCAGCUGGCGGCGAUGAGCAACACGCUGCGGGAGAACGACAUCAUCCUGAACAUCAACGGGCAGCACGUGUACAAGCAGCCGGUGGACCUUCGCGCCGCCAUCCAGAGCUCAAAUGACGUCACCCUGCUGGUGGCCGCGCAGAUGAACGAGCCAGAGCAGGAGACACCCGCCACGCAGAUGGCAGCGGCAGCGUCAGCAGCAACCGCCACCGAACCAACUACAACAGCUGGCGCAGCUGGUGCAGCUGCUACGACAGAAGGAAAGACACCCCGUACUGUUCGCCUUGUCAAGCGGGAUGGGCGGCGACUUGGUCUUGUUCUCCUGCCAUACACGCCGGAGCAGACUGGUGUGCAGGUGUACGCACUGCUGCCUGAUGGCUGCGCAUACGAUCAGGGCAUUGAGGCUGGUGAUCGCAUUGUCGCCAUCAACGGCACAGACGUCUCUUCCGCUCCCCACAGCGAGGCGAUCCAGCUGCUGUCGACGGGGUCUGAGUUUGAGCUGUCUGUCCUCUCUGGCGAGACAGAGGACGUGCACCUGAAGCGCGAGUCGCCUUCGUCGUCGUUUGGCCUGGCCCUCGCACCGCUGCACAACACGUCGGGUGCUGUGGUUGGCGAGGUCCUGCCCGACUCCCCGGCACAGCGCUCGGGCAAGAUGCACACGGGCGACAUCAUUCUCCUCGUGGACGGGAAGAUGGCUGGCCAGGUGACGAAGAACGACGUUGCCGAGAUGCUGGCGAACAAGACGGAGACGACGCUCACGCUGCUGCGCUGCCCCAUGUGCACGUCUGGUGCCAUGGCGCGCCGCACAUCACGCCGACUCGAGCGCAUGGCCAAGGAGGAGGAGGAAGCAGCCGAUGUGUUCACUGAGGGCAGCGAGCAGGGCACGCAGGCACCACCACCGGCUGGUGCUGGUGGUGCUCGCCGCGGACGUGUGCAGUCGUUCAGGCGCGUGAACAGCAUUUCGUUUGAGAAGAGCGAGGGUGCGCGACUGGGCAUGCGGCUGCGCCCCAGCGACAACUACAACCGCGGUGCCAUUGUGGAGGAGGUCAUUCCAGGCGGCCUCGCAGAGAAGCACGGCGUUGUGCGCGGUGACCGGCUGCUUGCGCUUGAUGGCAAGAGUGUCGUUGACACGCCACACGCGGACAUUGUCAAGGCUCUCAACACCCGCAGCACCUGCACCAUCAAGUUUGACUCCAACGCCAAGCGCAACGAGCAGCGGCAGACCGUCAUCCUGCGCAAGAGGCCAAACGAGACGCUUGGCAUCCGGCUGCGCUCCGAGGGCGGGCGCACGUAUGUGCACGAGCUCGUCCCUGACUCUGUCGCAUCCGACUCCAUGCUGCAGGUGAAUGACGAGAUUCUGUCAGUGAACGGCGUUCGUGUUGUUGGUUUGAGCAAUGAGGACAUGACCCGCCUCUUCUCCCAGGAGGGCGACAUUGUCGUGGUGGCCGAGAGCCCAGCACCGCCGCUGUCACCGGAGGGCGUUGAGAUGACCCGGCGCAUGUCACAGGCACGCAGGAACCACGAGUACCGCGCACCAGGCCUGCGCAAGGUUGUGCUUGUGCGUGGUGAUGGGGAGCACUUUGGCGUUGAGAUUGGCAUGACAUCCAAGGCGCACGGUGUCAUCAUCACCAAGCUGCACGACAACGGCAUUGCCGCAAAGGACGGCAGGCUGCGGUCUGGGGAUGCAGUGCUUGCGAUGAACGGCAAGAGCAUGCUGCACCCGAUGCCUGAGGAGGCGCGUGAUGCCCUGGCGUCCACGGGCAACAGGCUGGAGCUCGUUGUUGCCGACGACUUUCCCGAACAGGAUGUGGCGACACGCCUCCUCACGCGCGAGACAGCCAAGAUUGCAUGGGGCCUGACAUUGCGCAAGAUCGAGGGCAAGGAUGGCGUGCACGUGCUGGAGAUUGUGCCCAAUUCCCCCGCCGCUACAGCGGGCUUGCGCCCUGACGACCGCGUGAUGAAGGUGGACGGCCAAGAUGUGGAGCAUGGGGAGGCCACCAACGUGCUGAAGCACUUUGCCAACAAGCUUAGCGUGCAGGUGACGGUGCGGCGCCCAGCUGUUGUGCCCGGCGCCCUGGCCAGCCAGCCAGACCAGCCACAGCAGCGACGACAACAGCAACAGCAGCAGCAGCCGCGUCGUGUGUCGAGUGGCGCUGCACCUGGCCGCGCCGCCAGCGGUGCUCGUGCUCAGCGCAUGAGCAUCCCGAGCGCACCGCCAACAGCAACGCAUCUCCCGCCCGCCAUUCUGCGCAAGGUUGACCUUGUCAAGCAGCCUGGCACGCGCCUUGGGCUCGCGGUGUCCACGGAUGACAAGGGCACCGUGGUGAAGACAGUUACACCGGGUGGCCUUGCCGCUGCAACGGGCAACGUGCACGUUGGCGACGUGAUUCUGAGCAUCAACCACAUGGAUGUGACGGCGGCAACAGCGGAGGAGGUGAGCGACAUUCUGUCGCAGAGCCCGCGCGUGCAGCUUGUGCUUGCUGACCGCUACCCGCACUAUGGCCGCGCCCCCUCUGACCCAUCGACCGUCGUGGACCACCCAGCGCACGGCCCUUACGAGCUGCGGGUGUUCCGCCUUCGCAAGUCCAGCACCCGGCUCGGGCUUGUGCUGGAGACGCGCAAGUACGACAACAUCACGGUGGUUAAGUCCGUUGGCGAGGACUCGUUUGCUGCGGAGGCCGGCAUUCGCGCCGGGGACGUCGUGUUGGCCAUCAGCGGGCGGUGCGUUGAACAGGCGGACCACAAGGGCGUGCUCGACGCUGUCAGCGAAAACGCGGAGCUGGUGCUCGUUGUUGCACGCAACGUCCUGCGCCGCGUGACGUUCAGGCGUGGCGGCGCCAACAACACCCUUGGCCUGACGCUGACGAGCGCGCCCGAGGGUGUGCUGACCAUUGCCAACAUCAUCCCCAACUCGCCGGCGGCGGAGACAGGCCUGCUGUUCCCGUCGGACCGCGUGCUUGAAGCCAACGGCGUUGACAUGCGCGGCAAGACGCUGGACGAGGCGACAGCGCUGCUGCAGGACAGCGAUGAGGUGACGCUGACCGUUGAGCCGCUCGGAGCCAUCACGUACCAGACGCGCCAGGCGGAGAGUGUAGCGCGUGAGCAGGAUGCGCAGCGGAGCAGAGAGCAACAGCAACACCGCGAGCAACAGCAACGCGAGCGCCAACAACACCAGCAGCAGCAGCAGGCGGCUGUUGUGGUAGGUGGCGGGCAGCAGCAACUCGCCUCUGUACAGGAAGAGGAUGAAGAAGAGGAAGAGGGGGAACAAGAGCAAGAGGGAAAGGGAGUGACUGGAAACCAACAAAAGCAGCAGCAGCAGCAGCAAGAUGAGGCAGUAACGAAGAGGGAAGAAGAGGACACGCCAAAGGAACAGCAGCAUGAAACGACGACACCACAAGCUGCAGCCAGUGGAGCGCGCGUGUCAGAGCUUGAGAAGGAGAACGAGGCGUUGUCUGAGCAGGUGGCGCGGUUGAAGCUGCAGCUGAAGCGGGCGAGCAAGGCAGAGGCUGGUGGUGAUGAUGAUGGUCACCGCCACGCCAACGGCAUUGCUGGUCUUGUUGGUGCUGCCGAUGAUGAGGAGGAUGAGGAUGACGGUGAGGAGGCAGACAUCAUUGAUGAUGAGAGCUUUGUUGUGCUGGGCAGCAGCCUGACGGAGGAGCAGAUGCGAGCGCUCGCCGCUGACGAGGACAUGGAAAUGGCUGAGCACGCGCAGGCUGAACAGCAGCAGCAGCAGGAAGGGGAGAAGGACGAGGAGAAGACGACGACGACUGGUGCUGGUGAGGCAACGGGUGCGGCGAGUUCUGAUGAUGCGAAUGCCGAGGCCACUGCUGCUGCUGCUGCCGCCGCUGCUGCUGAAGCGGAGAAGGCGAAGGAAGCACUCAACGCGGCGCAGGCGGAGAACGACCGUCUGCGACAGCAAGUGAAGGAGCUUGAGGAGCGUGCGAAGGAGAGCGAGAACAAGUUGAAGGAGGAGGAGCAGAAGAGCAGCAGGCCCGCUGCCCCCGCCAUUGACCCCUCCACGCUGCAGCAGCUGGAGGACAAGCUGGAGGACGCGUGUAUGCGGGCGGACGCAGAGCAGCUGGCGCGGCAGCAGCUUGAGGUGGAGUUGUCGCAGGCGCAGAAGGAGCUUGCAGAGGCGAAGGCGAACCUCACCGACAAGGCGCUCGCAGACCAGAAGCAGCAGGAGCAGGAAGAAGAAGAAGAAGCCAAGAAGAAGAAGGAGGAUGCCGAGCAAGACAAGGCACAAGCUGACGCACAGGCACAGGAGGCACAGGAGGAGAAGGCGAAAGCCGCCGCUGCUGAGGAGGAGGCCGCGCGUCUGCGUGAAGAGCUGGAUGGUCUGCGGUCGCGGGCUGAGGAAGACCAGGCGAAGAUGAGCGAGCAGGAGCGCACCAUCCAGUCGCUCAGGGACCAGCUCGCAGCCCGCCAGCCCUCCCCGAGCGCUUCCAAAUCCCCACGCAAGCAAUCGACGAGCGGACGUGCCUCAUCUCCACUGCGCACGUACCGCCCCGCGCCUGACGAUCCCGUUGAUAAGGCAGUCGCUCGCAUCGUGAACGACAUGCACCUUGCGGCUGGCUCCGUUGAGCGCCAUCAGCCAAAGCAGUACCGCUUCUUCGGUGACUCCAAGCUUGUGCACAUCCGCACCGUUGGCAACGUUGUGAUGGCGCGUGUGGGCGGCGGGUGGCAGAACCUGCGUGAAUACAUCCGCGACCAUGAGAACCAACGCGUGCACCGCCCCAUUGCCACCAAACCCAUGUGAAGUGGCAGAGGGCGGGCGCUCUCCCUUGCUCGCUCUGUGUGUCCGUUGUGUGUUUGGUUGGCAUUAGCGCUGCCAUCUCUUUGCCCCCGCUUUUCGCACGCCACCUUUGCUUAGAAUCAUCUGUUCUCCUUUGUGGAAUCCCCAUCUUUCGUUGUUACCAUCUCGGUGUCCUGCUUGUAUGCGUGCGUGACUGUGUUGGUGUUGGUGUUGGUGUUUGUUCUCCCUCCUGCUUGUCGUUGCCCCUCCUCCUCUUCCACCUUUACAGGGAUGGGCCCAAGUAGAUUUGCAGGUCGGGCGCGCGCAAUUGUGGCCGUGUGGAGCAGAAGAGCUGUGCGUUGUGCAGGCAGACCAUGGAGGCGUGCUGUACGAUCAACGCACAGUCCAAACUGCCACCCCCGCCACCUGCUUUGUAGGUUGUUGCUUUUGUGUGUGUGUUGCUGCUUUGGUUGAUAUCAGGAGAGGUUGGUUGCCCGCUUCAGUUGUUGUUUCUUGCGUUGUUGAUGAAUUGCUGUUUGUGUUGGGGUGUUUUGCGUUCUCACAAAGUACACCGCAUCAGAACCAAGA